AUGAGCGAGAGUGAUAAAAUAAAGGAAUUAAAUAUACGGGAUUUACUCAAUUUAUCAAAUAGUCUAAAUAAAUCUAUAAAACAGCUUGAGCAUUCUAGACAGCAGCUCAUAUUCGACCAUCAUUAUGAGUUGAUCGUCUCAUCUGACAAGAUUAGUGGUAUGAAGCAGUCACUAGAAGAACUCACUCCAACGGCAGAGAAGCUCAAUGAACAGUUAUCGAAGAUCACAAAGGUGGAAGAUCUCACAAAACUCAAAAGGGUUGUACUAAUAGAACAGAUCGUUAGCCUACCAGAUAAAUUACAGCUGCUAGUCAAUGAUGGGAAGCUCGAUGCUGCAAUUUCACUUUAUAAUCAACAACGGAACAACAUAGAAAAGCUAAUAAAUGCGAAAAUAGAAGGCGUUUCAAGAAUAAAUAGCAAAUGCAUGUCAAUAAUCAAGGUCUAGGCCAACUUGUACCAUCAUCGUAGUUGUUGCUGAUAUUUAUACCCCUCUCUUUCAUAUCCUGUGCGUCUAAUGUCUCACCUUCCUCCUCACUGGCGUCAGAUUCGAUUGGUUCUUCGUCGUUUGUCUUCAUAUCCUUAAUUAAUCUGUUUAGACUAUCUUUUUUUCUCUCUUCACUCUUCUCUUGUCUCUCUUUACGGAGUCUCUCGAGUUCUGGUUUAUAAUCUUUGUAGUACUCCUCUCUGCACUCGUCGACAGCCUCGAAGAAUUCCUGCAUCCCAGCACCGGUCAUGGCACUAAUACCAACUGUCUUUAUAUUCGAGUAAAAUUCCUCCAAUACCAAACUCAUAGAGUUCAUCAAAGAGUUCAUAUAACUUGGUUCUUCAUUAAGAUUGCUAGAAUUAUAUGUCGACGUCGCAUUUCUGUUACUCAAUGCAGCUUGGAAAGACUCAAAGUCGGUCAUCCAUUCAGUAGCAAAGCUGUGAUCUUGAGCAUCUGUCUUGUUAAAGAUCAACAAAACUGGGAGGCGAGUUUUGUAUAAGAUAGAACAGGCGUAGAGCAUAUUAGACAUGAAAGUUGCUGGUGCCAUAGUGCGUGGUGUGUCAACAACAAAACCGAUAACGGUAGGUACUUCAGAUGCUAUCGCAUCUGUAAUAAUAGCACCUGAAGCACUCCAAGUGAAUAUUUCAAUUUGACCUGGUGUAUCAAUCAAUAUAUGAUCAACUUCACUCUUCCUUUUCUCAAUUAAACCCAAAACUUGAUCAAACUUUGUAGUGAAUAAGUUCAAACUGGUGAUAAUACCACCAUUUGGACCUAAAUUAUAUUGUUUCAUAACUUUAGAAUAAUCGACAGUAUCUCUUAUAUCAAUAUUAGCUGAAUAGUUCAAUUGUCUAACUGCUGGAUCUAAAUUUAUUACGUAAGGUGGCUUUUUCUGUGAGUGUAGGUAGCUGUUUAAGCGUUGCAAGACUGUAGACUUUCCACUACCAGCCAUGCCAAGUAAUAUGAUUGAUGUUGGCUGCUUCCCCUCAGAUUCCAUCUUGAUCGUUGUUCUUC